UUACUUUCCUCGGAAAAGGUAAAAGCCAACCUAACUCUUGGAAACUAGGAAGUCGAUUCCAGAACAAGAAGAUAAGGACGUUUUUUACGAACGAAAACUCAAUUAUUGAGUACUAAAAUGGUGUCUGUCAGGAUUUUGGAACAAAUAAAAUUCUUCGUUUUCUUUUUAUGGUGAAACGUGGUAAAAUUUAAUCUCAGUGAAAAAAAGAAAAAGAGGGAUUCAGGAAGCAGAGCAGAGGUGGGUCCAAGACAUGGAUGGUGAAUCGAGUGCGGGUGUAAAGACGGCGUUGCUUGUGAAGAGUGAGAGCGGAAAACGUGGACGGUUCAAUAGGCGUAACUCGUUGAACUCGCUGAGGAAUGAGUUUGUGUCGAGGUUGCCUGAUAAGGUUCGCCCUGGUCUGGAUGCUGAGUCCCCUUUCCACAUUGAUGUCUCCAAAAACAAAGGCUUAACUCCAGGUGAAAAGGAAUACUAUAAAACACAAUUUGAGACCUUAAAAUCCUUUGAAGAAGUUAAUGCUUUGGAUGCAUCCUCUGAAAGCAAUGAUGGUGGAGAUGGUGAAGAUGAUGAAGAUGAAGACCAGGCCCAACAUGAAAGAGCCAUGCAGAUUUCUAAUUAUGCAAAUAUUGUUUUGCUGGCAUUUAAGCUCUAUGCUACCAUAAAGAGCGGUUCCAUAGCCAUUGCGGCAUCAACAUUAGAUUCUUUACUUGAUCUCAUGGCCGGCGGCAUACUUUGGUUCACUCACUUGUCAAUGAAAACGAUAAACAUCUAUAGGUAUCCAAUCGGAAAAUUAAGGAUGCAGCCUGUAGGCAUAAUCAUCUUUGCUGCAGUGAUGGCUACACUAGGCUUUCAAGUGUUUGUCCAAGCUGUGGAGCAGCUAAUAGAAGAUGAACCUUCAGAAAAAAUGUCCUCAGGUCAAUUAGUGUGGUUGUACUCCAUCAUGUUGUCCGCUACAGUAGUAAAACUUGCCCUCUGGAUUUACUGCAAAAGCUCAUCAAACAGGAUUGUUCGUGCUUAUGCGAAGGAUCACUAUUUUGACGUGGUAACAAAUGUAGUAGGAUUACUUGCAGCUGUUCUUGGUGAUAAAUAUUGUUGGUGGCUUGAUCCUGCUGGUGCUAUUGCCCUUGCAAUUUACACAAUCUCGAAUUGGUCAGGAACUGUUAUAGAAAAUGCAGUUUCUCUAGUGGGACAAUCAGCUCCUCCUGAGUUUCUGCAAAAAUUGACGUAUCUUGUCAUCAGACACCCUCAAGUCAAGCGUAUUGACACAGUCCGAGCUUACACAUUCGGUCUUCUAUAUUUUGUAGAGGUGGACAUUGAACUUCCUGAAGAUUUGCCAUUAAAAGAAGCACACACCAUAGGAGAGACCUUGCAGAUAAAGAUUGAGAAACUUCCUGAAGUUGAGCGUGCAUUUGUUCAUCUUGACUUUGAAUGUGAACACAAACCAGAGCACUCUGUUCUCAACAAGCUACCCAACAAUAAGCCUUGAUUGUUUGUUACCUCUCGCCGAUAUAAAUUCAGAAAAGUUGUCUGAUAUUACCUUUUGUUUAAGUCUGGUUUCCUUUUUGGGGGAUUUCAUUGUUGGGGCUCCUCCGUUUUGGGUGUGUUUUGGACAACUAAGAGAUUUUUAUCUCUCAAUCAAUAAACUUACUUGGCUUAGCCAAAAAAAAGAAAAAAACAAAAGAUAAGUUGCCCUUCGGAUCUUUAUGGAAUAGUUUUCCUCCUCGAGUGUUUCUUGAGUAUCAGCACGAGGAUCAGACACAAACCAAUGGUCAAGGGGAAUAACACCAUGAGUGAAGCAUUUGUUCUCUUGACGUCAAGUUGUUGGUAAAAAAUAAAUGUCAGCAUAUCGUUUUUCAUUGGUAUUCUCUCCAACUUCAAGAGCAUGGCGUGGGAAUUUGUUUAGCUUUUGAGAAAU